AUGGAGGAUGAGGGAGAGCGGCACGAGAUCGAGGCUGUGGAGGUGAACCCCUACGAUGUGCGCGUGUUGGUGCUGAACUACUUGCUGCACCACUGCUACGUGGACACCGCACAGGCGUUCAUCGAGGCCUGUAAUCUGCAUGAAGAGGGUAAGAUGCUUCGUGUGGCCGUGCAACAACGAAAAGACAUCGUAGACUUGGUUCGUGGGGGAGCGAUCGACGAGGCCAUCAAGCUCAUACGCUCAGCCUUUCCGCAGCUGCUGGACAAGCACCCGGAGGUGCGGUUCAAGCUGCUGUGCCAGCGCUUCAUCGAGCUCAUCCGACAGCGCAAGAAGGAGGAGGCCCUCCUCUUCGCCCAGAAGGAGUGGAGCCCGCACGCCAAAGACGAUCCCUCGCUACUCGACGAGCUGCAGGACGUGUUUGCGCUGAUCGCGUACGAGGACCCGGAGACGAGUCCGGUGUGCCAGUACAUGGCGGAGGACUACAAGGACCAGAUCGCGCUCCGCGUCAACAGCGCCAUCCUCGAGCACCACGGCUUGGCGGGCGAAGCGGCGCUCGAGGUGGUGUUGCGCCACUUGGCCGCCCUGCGGCAGGUCAUGGCCGAAGGCAGACGCGCCAGCGGCGGCGGCAGCAGCAAGGGCGCAGCACCGGCGUGGAGCCUCCGGGCGUACCUCGACAGACACCACGAGUGA